AUACAUCAGCAUCAACCGGCGGACACAGAGAUGAUUUGUUGGAAGAUCCCGAUAGUGUUGGUGUGUACAGUCUGGGCCAGACUGGCAUCUUCAGGCUGUGUUGUGAGGGAUGUAUUUGGUAGCUACCAGGGAGGGACUGUCCACAGAUACACCCUCAGUGGUGAUAACGUAGAGGUCCAGGUGAUAGACUACGGUGCAACUAUCACCAGUGUCCGAGCCCCUGACAGUCACGGCCUCCUGGAGGACAUCAUGCUGGGCUACGACAAUCUGGAAGGUUACUUUAACACUGACAACCCUUACUUUGGUGCAACUAUUGGCCGAGUAGCAAACAGGAUUGCUAAUGGGCAUUUUACAUUGAACGGUGUUGAAUAUAACCUGUUCCGCAACAAUGGAAAUAACACUCUACAUGGAGGAUUGAUUGGUUUUGACAAGAAGCUAUGGUCCAGCUGGAUGGAGGGGGAGAAGGUGGUCAUGGAGUACACCAGUCCGGAUGGAGAGGAAGGAUUCCCUGGGGAGGUGAAGGUGCAGGUCAUAUACUGGAUGUCAGGAGACACACUGAUGAUAGAGUACAAUGCCACCUCAACUAAGCCAACACCCAUCAACCUCACCAGCCACAACUACUUCAACUUGGCGGGCCAGGGAGCUGGCCCUGAGGGACUGUAUCGUCAUAUCAUCUCCAUCAAGGCAGACACCACUACAGAGGUUGACUCACAGUUUGUACCAACAGGCAGACUCAGCCCGGUGGCUGGGACACCCUUGGACCUCAGACAACCCAUGCAGCUUGGGAGAGUCAUCCAUCACACUCCCAUUGACGGCUACGACUACAACUACGUUCUACCUCAUACCGGGGCUGGAGUCAUCGCUAUUGUGGAAGACCCUGUGAGUGGCCGAAGACUGGAGGUGGAGACCACACAGCCAGGUUUGCAGUUCUACACAUUCAACACAGAAAAAGACAUCCAAGGAAAGUCCCUCUACACUAGACAUGCUUCAAUCUCUUUGGAAGCACAGAACUUCCCAGAUGCCAUCAACCAUCCAAGCUUUCCAAACUCAGUGCUUGGUCCAGGACAAUGUUACCACCAUCUAACGAAGUACAGGUUUUCUACUGCGAGACACAAUAGUGGCCAUCAUGCAAUACCCACAAUGGUUUGGCCAGUUCUCUCAGUGAGCCAAAUGCUCUACAACUUUACUCAGCUUUGAUCUAAUUGUAGAAAGUGGUAGCUUAUAUUCAUUAACACUGAAUCAUACCAAGUUAUACAAAUUUGAGUACAUUAGAAAAGUACAGUAUAAUAGAACAAAAAUAUUACAGUUUCAA